AUGGAAACAGCCCAAAAACGCUUCAUGAAACCAAUCGGAUUUGACACUGAGAAGUACCUUCACUUACAAAAGGAGACAAUCUUAGAGCGAGCCAAAAUGUUCAACAACAAGUUAUAUAUAGAAUUCGGUGGCAAACUUCUGAACGACUCACACGCCGUCCGUGUACUUCCCGGGUAUCAGUACAACGUCAAAGUCGAAGUUCUCAAGCAGAUUAAAGACAAUUGUGAAGUCAUUAUGUGCAUCAAUGCUUCUGACAUUGGCUCGAAACGUCGCCACGAUGUUCAGCUCUUUUACGAAGAGGAGCUUUUUUUAGAGAUCGACGAAUUGCAAGCUCAGGGCUUAUCUGUAGUUGGUGUCGUUAUAACGCAAUACAUCGAAGCCAAAAGUGUGUUACAAUUCAUUCGACGGUGUAAGAAUAGUAAUAUCAAGACAUACAUCCACCACAUCAUCGAAGGCUAUCCAACUGAUUUCCCCCGUGUCGUCUCAGAAGAAGGCUUUGGUAAGAAUGACUUUGUCAUCACCACAAAGCCCGUGAUAGUUGUGACUGCUCCAGGACCGAACAGUGGCAAAAUGGCGACUUGUUUAAGUCAGUUAUAUCACGAACUGAAGAAGAAUAACAUCCAAGCAGGCUAUGCCAAAUUCGAAUCAUUUCCCGUCUGGAAUCUCCCACUGAAACAUCCAGUCAAUGUCGCGUAUGAAGCUGCGACAGCCGACUUGCGUGAUAUGAAUAUGAUCGAUCACUAUUACCUUGAGACUACUGGGAAAGUUGCGGUGAGUUACAAUCGCGACAUGGAGACAUACGCGCUCUUAAAAGUGUUACUUGAAUUGAUAUAUCACAAGACUGUAUACAAUUCGCCGACGGAAAUGGGAGUGAAUCGCAUUGGAUUUGCGAUAUUGAAUGACGAUUUGGUCCAACAAGCUGCAAAGAAUGAAAUUGUUCGACGGUACAUGUUGGCGGUGUUGGAUGAGAAGAUGGGGUUGUCGAAGAAAGAAGAAGUCCUCCGCCUGAAUAGUAUCAUGAAAGAUAUGAACAUGAAUGAGGAGUCACGUAUUGUUGUUGUGGAAGCACGGAAAGAAGCCGAACGGAUUAAGAGAACGGUGGCUUGUGUCGUCUUACACGACGGGUCUGUCAUCAUUGGAAGAGAAGGAAAUUUGAUGACUGCAUCAAGUGCCGUUGUUAUGAACGCACUGAAGUACGUCGCGGAGAUCCCGGAGAAUAUUAAGUUGUUGUCGCCAACUGUUAUCGACUCGAUCCUCGGACUCAACACUAAAUUCGAGAAAAGAACCAACACAAAGAUCCGAAUGAGCAUCCACGAAACAUUGAUCGCACUAGGAGUGGGGUCCGCUUCUAAUCCAACAGCAGGUGUUGCUCUUGAUAUGACCGAUUACUUGGACGGGUGCGAAUUCCAUGUGACACAUAGGCUUGCGGUGGAUGAAACAAACACGUUAGUCAAGAUGGGUCUUCUUGUGACGUCAGACUAUUGA